AUGGCGCCGCUCAACGAGCACUGCGUUACAACUGCGCUCUCGGCGACAGCUCUGUCCCAUGAUGAGUCAACAGUUCUUGUCGAAGCAGGUGGCUUCACUCCGAUGAAAUGGUUCCUGUCACAAGCCUUGAACCCGGCCUCUGCGACAGAAGACGUAUCUGAACCUCCUGCGAAGCGACGGAAACUAGGCGAGAGCAGGUCUGUACAGUGCGCGGUUCCCGAUCCCGCGCAACACAUCCCCAUCUCCAGAGUGGCGAUCGACCUGGACUUCCCAACUACCCUCAACGCCCGAUCAGUUGGGUCAGCGCAGAUCAGAGAGGACGUUUCCUUUAAAGGGGCAGAGUCUGUGAAAGUGGACGCUUCGUUUAUGGAUCGUUUUGACGCGCACAGGCUGCGACUGGCUCUACCACGAUUAAAUGGAGAAGUGCUGGUCGUGGACGUUACGGAGCUGCCAGACUAUGCUCGAGGUGCGCUGCGUCACGCUGCGCUGACUCGACUACGGGAAGCAGAGAUUGCUACCGGGCAUGACCCAACGUAUUGGAAGAGGUGCACUCUCACGGCAUCAUCCGGACAGCCGUUCACAGUGGUCCGCUUGGAGAUCAACUUCUACUGGAACUCAGGAGCAUCAGCCUUUUCAAGCGGAGUUCCUGGAGUGUACUCCGAACAGAAGCAAGAGUACAAAUUGUUGUUUGGGACCUUUCCUGACGUAGAGAAGGAGGAAGCAGGCCUCAAACAAGAUUGGAGUCCACGAGAUUUCUACGAAUGUGUCCACGUACCGCCAAAAGAUCAAGACACGACAUACGACUUCCAAUCGCUGCUGGACAGCGAUCUCUAUCCGUUCCAGAAGCGUGCAGUGCACUGGAUGCUUCGUAGAGAAGGGAUGAAGUACGAAUGUGAUGGACUGCAUGCUCUACAGGACUCAAAGCGUGCCAGGAAUGUUGACUUCUACCGGCCUAUACAAGACGUCGACGGUGGAACAUGCUUUGUGAAUCACCUGCAAGGCAUUAUCUGUCGCACACGACCGGAUCCGCGCAUGUCUGCCCUAUCGGGUGGAAUCCUGGCGGAGGAGAUGGGUCUGGGCAAGACCGUCGAGCUGAUGGCGCUCUUGUCCGUCCACAAGCGAGCAGAUCCACUUCCAGAGGCUUACUACGAUGGUGAUUCUGAGAUGGAAAUCGUACCCUCUCGGGCAACUCUGAUCAUCACGCCAAAUUCGAUUCUGCAACAGUGGAAGUCGGAGCUGACGAGGCAUGCUCCAGCGCUGAGAGUGUUCCACUACGAAGGAUUCUCUUCGAAGAAACCGAAAGCAGAGCAACAGAUCCUCAAAGAGAUGACAGUCAAUGACGUUGUGCUCGCGACCUACUCGACACUUACCCGUGAAUUGCAUUUCGCAGAAGACCCUCCUAAGCGCGACAUGCGCCAGGCACGAAAGUACAAGCGCAAAAGAAGUCCACUCGUACGACUCCAGUGGUGGCGCAUAUGUCUGGACGAGGCACAAAUGGUCGAAUCAGGUGUGAGUGCGGCAGCUCGGGUGGCUCGCCGUCUCCUAUCAGUACACAGGUGGGCAGUCUCUGGGACCCCACUAAGGAAGGACGUGCAAGAUCUUCAUGGUCUACUUAUCUUCCUUGGUCUUCAGCCUCUAGCUGACAAUACGAAACUGUGGAAACACCUUAUUCACAGCCAUGGACACCUCUUCAGGAAGGUGUUUAACACCAUCGCACUCAGGCAUUCGAAGAUCGAGGUCGGGGACGAUAUCCAGCUGCCGCAACAGAAACGAGUUGUUGUUACCAUCCCGUUUUCAGCAACAGAACAGGCCAAUUACAACGAUCUGUUCAAGAAGAUGUGCCAUGCGGUUGGCGUUGGAAGCGAUGGCUCGCCCAAUGAAGAGGACUGGGAUCCUACAGACCCUGCCGUGGUGGAGGAGAUGCGAAGCCAGCUCGUACAGCUCAGACAGGCCUGCUUGCAUCCGCAGGUCGGCGCGAAGAACCGCAAGGCUCUUGGUCGUGGACGUGGGCCUUUGCGAACAGUCGCGGAAGUGUUGGAAGUCAUGAUCGAGCAGAACGAAACCACUCUCCGUACGGAGGAGCGCGCCUUGUUGGCUACGCAACUGCUGCGAGGUCAUGUCGUUGGCAAUGCACAGGAGAACGACCGGCGAAGCGUGGAGGCAUUAGAGAUCUAUCGGCCCGCGAUGGAAAAGAGUGCUGAAUUGGUCAAGGAAUCUCGGGAGAAGCUCGCUGCGACGAAGGAACUUCGGCGGGACAAAGGCGAAGUCGUGACGGAGACUGACGAUGAAGAUUCAGCGGACGAAACUACUCCGGAAGUUGGCCGAUUGAAAAAUAGUCUCCGAACAGCGCUCCAGCUUGAACAUACCUGUACCUUCUUUGCCGCUACGGCGAUAUAUCAGCAGAAGACCAAUAUUGACAUCACGGAACCGGAGACCGAGCGCUACAAGAGUCUCGAAGACCAUGAGACUGCGCUUUACGAGCACGCGAAGCAGCUUCGAAAAGAGAUAUUGCAGGACAGCUCGCGGAAGUCUGAGGUCUUCAUGCAGAGAAUUGGCAUGGCCGUGGAGCAGAAGAAGUUUACUAAGAUGCCUAGGAUCAAGGAGUUAGAAAGUUUGGGCGGCAUCGAGAGCCGCAGAAUCACUGAGAAGAGUGAUGAGCUGUUCGAUAAGAUCCGCGAACAGGGGGCGCUGAUCGCUGACUGGCGCGCGAAGAUGGCAGAGUAUCUUCUGAAGCCGCUUGUGGACACGGACGAGGGCCUGGAAACCACUGGCGAUGAGUACGAAGAUUCUACAAAGUUGCAGGACGAGCUAUUCGUGUACUUUGAUGCAGUCAAAGCAAUCCUGGCGGAUCUCCAGACAUCGAUCACUGGCGAAAAGGCUCCUUUGAUCGAUCACGAGAUGCUGACUAUGGUGAGGGCCGCAAGAACUGCACUGGACAAGGACAUUGUUGAAGAAAUGAAGAACCAAGGGGUACAUGCACCUGAAUUGACUUUGGAGCUGCUUGGAACUCGCAAUAAACUCAGAGGUGGCAGCCGCGACGGUCUUUCGAUCAGAGGCCUGAUCCAAGAGGCUCGUGGGCUCGAGGCCUCACUGCAGGGCAACGAAAGUGGUAUACGGGCGGCAGAGCGCGCGAUACUUCGCCAACACAUCAAUGCUUUGCAAGCCACAUUCUCAUCUUACAACAAGGCUCUGACGGGAGUCCAGAGAGAAGUCGAUCUAUUCCGGCUAACUCAGAAUCAGCGACUUGACUUCUACAGGCAGCUGCAGGAACUCUCGGACGCUGUCCAACCGUAUAAAGAGGAGCUUGAUCCGACACUGGACAUGGUAGCUUUGCAAGAUGCGACGUCGCACGAGGAGAGUCAGACAGAGGCUUUGAAACAGCUGCGGUCGAAGCAUACCUUCCUGCUACAUCUCCGAGAGAAAGACAACGUCGAGGACCGUGAUGAGACGUGCGUGAUCUGCAACGACACCUUUCUGAGCGGAGUCCUGACAGUAUGUGGUCACAAGUACUGCAAGGAGUGCGCCCAGAAUUGGCUGGGGAUGCAUAAGAAAUGCGCCGUCUGUAGGCGAAAGAUGACUCCGGCCGACAUGCACAACAUCACCUAUAAGCCGCUGAAGCUGGCAGCGCGCGAGGAGAUCCAGUCUGGCAGCUCUUCGCCAUCGGACCAGGACAGCUCUCCCAAACAAAACUCGAUCUACUCUGGUGUGAGUUCACAGCUUCUACAGGAGAUCCAGUCCAUAGACCUACCAACAAGCUACGGCACGAAGAUCGACACACUGGGCCGCCACCUGCACUGGCUACGGGAGCAUGACCCUGGCGCGAAGAGCGUCGUGUUCAGCCAAUAUCGAGAGUUCCUUGACGUACUCGGCACCGCUCUCAGCGACUUCAGAAUUGGUUACGCUCGGCUUGGUCGCGGCAGCGCGGUGGAGAAGUUCAAGCAGGAUCCUACCAUCGACUGUCUUUUGCUCGACGCAAAGACGGACUCGUCUGGCAUGACGCUCGUCAACGCUACGCACGUCUUCAUCUGCGAACCUCUGAUUCAGACUGCCGUUGAAUUGCAAGCGAUUGCUCGAGUGCAUCGGAUUGGACAGACGCGGCCGACGACGGUCUGGAUGUAUCUCAUCAGUGACACCGUGGAGGAGGCCAUCUACGACAUCUCAGUCACCCGACGUCUGGCGCACGCCCAAGCUCGUCAGUCGAACAGAGCACAGAAGUCAAGAUCAGCUACUCCUGCACCGUUGCAAGAGAAUGCGAUUGAUGCUGCUAACUCGGAAGAGAUGCAGUCGGCUCCGCUGUCGAAGUUACUGGUCGCUGGUAAGGGCGGUGGUGAGCUCGUUGGGAAGGAAGAUCUUUGGCAGUGUUUGUUCGGAAAGGCGCAGAAGUCUGGCGUGAAGACAAGCGUCGAGGAGCACCCGAUAGUCUCCAGGCAUCUGCGGGCUGAGGCUGCUGAGCAGAGGAGGAGUGAUGCGAUGGAGCUGGAUUAG